AUGCCUCGGGGUCAGAAGAGUAAGCUCCGUGCCCGUGAGAAACGCCGCCAGGCUCAAGAAGAACCUGAGGUUGUGAAGGGUGCUCAAGCCACUGUAGCAGAGAAAGAAAAGUCUGUCUCUUCCUUCUCUCCUCGUAUCAAAGAAAAUCCCCAGAGUUCAUCUGCUGCUGGAACAACCAGCGAUCAGCAAGAGCCAGGGAAAGCCCCAUCCAGCACUGCUGCUGCAGCAGCUGCUUCCUCCACAAGACCUAAUGAAGGCGCCACCAGCCAAGUUGAGGAAAAGCCAAAUGCUUCACAGGCCCAGGCUUCCACUGAGCACAGGCAAAUAGGUCCUGUAGAAAACAAGGGUCCAAUGCUGGUCCGUUACCUGUUGCACAAGUAUCAAAGGAAAGAGCCCAUUACAAAGACAGAUAUGCUGAGAAAUGUGAUCAAAACGGAUAAGAACCAAUUCCCUGAGAUCCUGAGUAGAGCCUCUAGGGACCUGGAGCUGAUCUUUGGCCUUGACCUGAAAGAAGUUGAUCCCAACAGGAGCCUCUACGUCCUCGUCAACAAACUGGAACUAGGCAGUGAAACAAGAGGCUUGCCCAAGACUGGCCUGCUGAUGACUGUUCUGGCUGUCAUCUUCUCGAAGGGCAAUUGUGCCACUGAGGAGCACAUGUGGGAAGUGCUAAAUAUGAUGAGAGUAUAUGAUGGAGUGAAGCAUUUCAUCUUUGGGGAACCCAGGAAGCUUCUCACUGAAGAUUGGGUAAAAGAAAAGUACCUGGAAUAUCGUCAGGUGCCCAACAGUGAUCCUCCAAGCUAUCAAUUCCUGUGGGGUCCACGAGCCUAUGCUGAAACCAGCAAGAUGAAAGUUCUUGAGUUUUAUUCCAAGAUCCAUCAUACCGUCCCAAGUGACUUCCCCUCCUUGUAUGAAGAAGCUCUGAGAGAUGAAGAGGAGCGAGCCCAAGCCAGAGUUGCAGCUAGGGCUCGUACUGCUGCCAUGGCCAGGGCUCGUUCUAGGGCCAUUUCCAAUGACAGCAGUCAAGUGCAAAUGCCCCGAGGCAGGUGA